AUGGCGGAGUAUGCAGCCGUCAUUCAACAGAAAUUCCUUGAAUCUGAGGAUGAAGAUGAAGAGACCGUGUCUGACAAUGCCCCGGUCGUCAAUGAUCCAGCCAUCCAUUCAGCACGGGUUGAACCACUAGUGGAAGACUUGACAACCGAGCUACCAACUGAAACUGGGCUCCGAGUUGAACUGGAUGCUGAUCUUGACGAUCUGUUUGCUUGGCAGUAUCAGAUUUCUUCUUUAAGAUUCUGGGAAGUAAUUCGUAGAGCAUGUGUCGAUGACCCAGUUUCUAAAUAUGCUCGCGGAGACAGUUUGGAAGCAGUAAGGAAACGCUUAGCAGCAAUUUCCGAGAAAUUCAAUAUCCCAGUUGAGUUUCAUGCUGUGCCAGUAUUUGGUCCAGAUGUUACAAGGGAUAUGCUUAACGUAAGGCCUGGGGAGGCACAGGCUGUGAAUUUCCCUCUUCAGCUCCACCACAGCCCCGAUGAAAGUGUUGUCGUGAACAAUCCCAGAGACGGGCAUCUCAGGAUGGUGAAGUCACUUUCCCCCAAGGUCAUCACUUUGGUGGAGCAAGAAUCGAACACAAACACAGCUCCUUUUUUUGCUAGAUUCAUCGAAACCCUCGACUACUAUUCUGCGAUGUUUGAGUCUAUAGAUGUGACCCUGCCGAGGGACAGGAAAGAGCGUAUUAACGUGGAGAAGCACUGUUUGGCUAGGGAUAUUGUGAACAUCAUUGCGUGUGAGGGCAAGGAGAGAGUGGAACGCCACGAGCUAUUUGGAAAGUGGAAGUCCAGGUUCACAAUGGCAGGGUUUCGGCAAUACUCUCUGAGCUCUUAUGUCAACUCUGUGAUAAAGAGCUUGCUGAGAUGUUACUCUGAACAUUAUACCCUGGUGGAGAAUGAUGGAGCUAUGCUGUUGGGGUGGAAAGACAGGAACCUGAUCUCAGCGUCGGCUUGGCACUGACCAUAAGAAUAACGAGGGCACUGACCAUAAGAAUAAUGAGGGGGCAGUCAUAGAGGUUACCGAUAGAAAAUUACCAGUUUCUGGUUUAUAGGUUGCCAAUGAUGAACUAGCCCCAUGGGUAUUGACUGAUAACAUGGUAGUAUCAGAUGAAUUUAGUGUAUAAUGGGUUUAUUCUUUUUGAUGAUAUUGUAUUCUCAUAGUCAUACAACCUGGAUUCUUGACUUCUGCCAUUGAUAGACAAACCUUUGCUCCGUUGUUAAGUUGUAUGUAUGUGUAUAAUGCCGGGUUUUUAAAAUUUAUAUCUGCUCCUUGAAUGUUCGGGACUUGUUCUAUAUCUUGUUUUAUGAUCCUUACAUGUUCUGCAGGAUAUGCAUCCAUGUGUAUUGCUUUUGUUAGAUCAGAGUAACAACACGAUCCAUUUCUUGGAUAUUAACAUCAUUUCCCCCCUUCUCUUUCUCCCAACGCCUCUCUGUA